AUGUACGUCAUCAUAAGGAUUAAACUAGAUGCUAUACAAAUCCCCGUGGGCGUCAAGGCUUUAAAACAAAUGAAUUGCAGCGGCUCUAGCUGGGGUGGUGGAGGCUGUGAUCUGGGCGACACCAGCACAGAUAAUCAAAGGCCGUCCAGCAGCGGCACUAGCUGGGGUGGUGGAGGCUGUGAUCUGGGCGACACCAGCACAGAUAAUCAAAGGCCGUCCAGCAGCGGCUCUAGCUGGGGUGGUGGAGGCUGUGAUCUGGGCGACACCAGCACAGAUAAUCAAAGGCCGUCCAGCAGCGGCUCUAGCUGGGCGGCUCUAGCUGGGGUACAGGCGGGUGGAGGCUGUGAUCUGGGCGACACCAGCACAGAUAAUCAAAGGCCGUCCAGCAGCGGCUCUAGCUGGGGUGGUGGAGGCUGUGAUCUGGGCGACACCAGCACAGAUAAUCAAAGGCCGUCCAGCAGCGGCUCUAGCUGGGGUGGUGGAGGCUGUGAUCUGGGCGACACCAGUACAGAUAAUCAAAGGCCGUCCAGCAGCGGCUCUAGUUGGGGUGGUGGAGGCUGUGAUCUGGGCGACACCAGCACAGAUAAUCAAAGGCCGUCCAGCAGCGGCACUAGCUGGGGUGGUGGAGGCUGUGAUCUGGGCGACACCAGCACAGAUAAUCAAAGGCCGUCCAGCAGCGGCUCUAGCUGGGGUACAGGCGGGUGGAGGCUGUGA